UAUCGAUAGUGUCGGAACGUCUCUACUCCCGACUUGCUCGUCUCGUGUUUCUCGUUUUUAGCCUUACUCAAGUGGGCGAUUACUCAGAGCAGGUGUUAAGUAUUUGUCGAUUCUUCAGCUAAAUAGUAAAGAUCUGUGAAAAUGGUGUCUCUAAACCCGGUCAGGAUUUUAAAACAUGAGGCGGAGGAGGAAAAAGCGGAAAUGGCGAGGCUGUCCAACUUCGUCGGCGCGAUCGCGGUCGGCGACUUGGUGAAGAGCACGCUCGGCCCGAAAGGCAUGGACAAGAUUUUGGUCUCACAAGGCAGGAAUCAGGGCUCGAUCGAGGUGACCAACGACGGCGCCACGAUACUCAGGGCGAUCGGGGUCGACAACCCGGCUGCCAAGAUACUCUGCAACAUGGCCAAGGUGCAGGACGACGAGGUCGGCGACGGGACGACUUCGGUCACAGUCUUGGCCGCCGAGCUUCUCCGCGAAGCCGAGAGGCUCAUCGAGAAGAAAAUCCACCCGCAGACGAUCAUCGCCGGCUACCGGAAAGCGGCCGAGAUAGCUUUGAAAGCUCUCCACGAUUCUGCCAUGGACCACAGCGAGAACGACCAGCUUUUCAAAGAAGACCUGCUCAACCUCGCGAGGACCUCCCUCAGCUCUAAGAUCCUCAGUCUUCACAAAGACCACUUCAGCCGGCUCGCCGUCGACGCCGUCUUGAGACUGAAAGGAUCCGGGAACCUCUCUGCCAUCCAGGUGAUCAAGAAGACCGGCGGCUGCCUCAGCGACUCCUUUUUGGACGAGGGCUUCCUUUUGGACAAGAAGAUUGGCCAGUCACAGCCGAAGAAGAUUUUAAAGGCAAAGAUCCUUAUCGCCAACACUCCCAUGGACACUGAUAAAAUCAAAGUGUUCGGGUCCAGAGUGAGAGUUGAUUCAGUCGCCAAAGUAGCCGAGAUGGAAUUGGCCGAAAAAGAAAAGAUGAAAAUGAAAGUCGAUAAAAUCCUCAGUUACAAAUGCAACGUAUUUAUUAACCGUCAGCUCAUUUACAACUAUCCAGAACAGCUUUUUGCCGAUGCCGGAGUUAUGGCGAUCGAACACGCCGAUUUUGACGGUAUUGAAAGACUCGCUCUUGUCACCGGAGGUGAGAUCGUAUCGACUUUUGACAACCCGGAAAAUACCAAACUUGGAGAAUGCGAUGUAAUUGAGGAAGUCAUCAUAGGAGAAGAUAAACUUCUACGUUUUGCCGGUGUCAAAAUGGGUGAGGCUUGUAGUAUUGUAAUCCGUGGUGCAACACAACAAAUCGUCGACGAAGCGGACAGAUCAUUGCAUGAUGCUCUGUGCGUUCUGACUACAACUGUACGUGACAAGAAGACUGUAUUCGGAGGCGGAGCUAGUGAAAUGAUCAUGUCUAGAGCGGUCAGCGAAGCGGCCAGUGAUAUCCCUGGCAAAGAAUCCGUCGCGAUGGAGUCCUUCGCCAAGGCUCUUCUCCAGCUUCCUACGAUCAUAUCCGACAACGGUGGUUUUGACUCUGCUUAUCUUCUCUCUGCUUUAAGAAAUGCUCACAAGAAAGGUGACACUUCUUACGGCCUCGAUAUGAACACCGGUGAAAUCGGCUGCAUGAAGGCCCUUGGUGUCGUAGAAUCCUACUCCGUCAAGAAACAGAUGCUCCAGUCUGCCUCGGAAGCGACUGAGGUCAUCAUCAGAGUUGAUGAUAUUUUGAAAGCAGCUCCUCGCAAGCGUACUGAGGACCGUGGCUACUGCUAAAAAGGAUUAUAUAUAUUUUUUAUACGAAAAUGUGUGAUUGUUCGGUUCACACAUAUUUGUUAACUUUCUAACUGGCUUAAUGCACACCAAUCUCUUAGCUUUUUCGUUAUAGAUUUGCGUUCUUUUCUUUUCAUUUUCUACUUAAAAGUUUCAUAGUUCAGUACUAAAAAAAGUUUAUGUAAUAUUUGUUCGAUAAUUAAGAAUAAAGUAAAUUUAAUACA